AUGUCCAGCGCCUCUUUCAGCGACUUUUCAAAGCUCUCAAUCUCCGUGAGAGCUGUCGCCAUCCUGCCCUCCCACCCUUUGGCGUACCCGAUCGAUCGCCUCCAGACCCGCGCGGUCGGCCUCGCCGUCGUUGACGGUUUAGGGGAUGGGAAAGAACAUCGCGGAGUCGGCUGCGCACCCGCAGCUCACACCCACGGGCGACGACUAUCGGGAGGCCGCUUCAACACAUCUCAAUCUUCUCGCGCACAUCGAAACUCGGUCCAUCAGCAUCUGCGCAGAAACUCGAUACUACACGCACCGAACAAUUUCGCCAUCUGUGUGGUGCAGGACCUGGGCACCGGCUCCCAGAGGAUGAGCCGGCUGAAAGACGCGUCUGGUUUGGCGAAGUUGACAGCGAACCAACAUCCGCCAGCCGACCUGGCAACAAGAGCGCAGUUGCAACCACACCAGACACCGGUGCCUCAGUUGGACGUGAUUCCAUCCACGCCACGCUCACCUCAACCUCAAUCUCCCAUGUCAUCUGUGCGAAGAAGUGAGGCUCUGCCUCCAGUUGAUCAGGGGGAUAUACGACUCGCCUACUCUCUUGGCCAAUACCUCUACAAAAGAGCCACAUUCAGUCGACGACAGAGCAUCACUUCUCAUCAAACACGAAUCGAAUUCAUAGUCAACAGAUACAGCCUACAAGACGGCCACCCGGAUCAAUACGCAGCUGACGCCGAACCUACCUACCCCGAUUCGUGGGUGACAAACAUCACUGCCUUACGAGAGGCCUGUCAAGCCCUGGCCAGACAUACGUCGAAUCUCAACCACUUGCUGCGAGAGGGUACACCCGCACCGUCAGCCGCAACGCAAGAUAUCGACAGAGAACGUACGGAAGAGGUGCAGAGACAAGAGAGCCCCAUCCACAUGCGGAACACACAGGAAGGAUCGGGGGAAUCUCCAUUCAACCAGGCACAACAGCAAUGGCUGGACUAUUUCACGGAUCGAGUGAUCUCCGCCACAGUCCGGAGAGCCCUGGCACAAAGCACAAAUCCUAAUACACAACCACGAGAACCCCAGCCAUUCGGACAGACUGGCCCAUCCAGAGGACCGCCCGCGAGUUACCCCCCUCAAGGAACGCCUAUUGGGGAGCGGAUAAGGCCAGCAGAUAUUGGAUUCUUCUACCCCAAUGCCCCGUCCGAAUGGGGUGGCGACACUACCAUCACGAAGGACGACAAGACCUACUACCGCAGCGUACAGGCAUUCGUGAGCCGUGUACAGGCCCUGGCAGUCACGAGAAGCCCCGCAGCCAUUCGUUUGACGCUGGAAUCUUGCCUGAGAGGCGAAGCCGAAUCCUGGUGGACGAAUGAACUAGACAACGUUAUGAGGGUAGGCAUUGUCCAGAGUCCAGACGGUGUCGAGGAAUGGUGCAAGGCACUCGAAGAUCGGUUCAAAGAGUCGCCAUCGGACGCAUUGAACAGACUGAACAGCUUCAAAUACACAAUAUUCGAUGCCCAAAAGCGGAAAAGCCCGAUUGCAUAUAUGGCAGAAGUCAUCAGCGCCGCUAGGGCAUGUGGAUACGACAAUGAAUAUUCGAUGGUGCUUUUCGCAUGGAAUGAGAUUGAUAUCCAAUUGAGGGAAUCAAUUGAUGAACCGGGUCCAGGGACGACAGUGGCCACCUUCAUGGAUACGCUUCGUCAAAAACACGCCAAUUGGUUCGACAAGGCCACAUAA